CUCCACCCACACAAAUAUACUCAACGCAUAUCCCGACGAAAACAAGGAAGUAACGAGGAACUGUGUGUAAAUCUUAGAUUUAUAAUCCUAAAAACGCAGAAUUCGGUCAUUUGGAAUUCUCGUCUCCUAGAUUAUUUUGUCCACAGUGAAGAACAAUGAACAACAAAGGUUCAUAUCCACCCCAAGCUGUUUACGCUCAGCAGAGCACAGCACCCGUUUAUCCGCCUAAUAUGCAAGUACCUGCUCAGGUGUCUCCUUAUCCAGAUGCCCCUCCUCAAUACUCCGAGCUGUAUCAGCCUAGGUAUAUGGCCCCUCCUCAUGCCCCUGGACAGAUCCCCCAAAUGACCUCAGCGUACCCUGGCACCCAGAUGUACAUGCACAUGCCCCAGACUGUACCAAUUGGAGCAAUGGGCCCCGGUGUCCCAAUGGCAUACUACCCGAUGGGGCCCGUGUACCCUCCUGGCUCCACUGUCAUGGUGGAAGGUGGAUAUGAUGCUGGAGCUCGCUUCGGGCCUGGCACUAGUUCCUCCAUUCCUCCUCCGCCACCUGGACAACUCCCUAAUGCAGCUCAGAUGGCGGCCAUGCAAGGUGCGAAUGUGAUGAUGACACAACGCAAGGGCAACUUUUUCAUGGGUAGCUCCAGCGGUUACACUAUCUGGUAACAGUGAGCAUCACCCUGGGCCUGGACCGAAGCCCUCCUUCCUCCUACCUAUUUCCCACUCCUUAAACCUUUUCCCUUCUCUGCCUCCCUUGGGGCAGCUUGGCUAAGCCACAAUACUGAUUAAAUCUAAUGGAAUGUAAUAUUUUAGAGCCCCUGACUUAAGGUACAGUACUCCGCUGUUGAUGUAGAACACAAUUAUUGUGUCACAAUGUUGUAAGUUUGAACUUCAUGUGAUCGUAUACGUCGUGCAUCAUAACAUUGUAAUUAACUGGCUAAUUAAAAAAAGAAAACUCUUGGGGGAAAAACAGCUUAUUUCUUGCUUUAUUUGCAUUAAUGUGCCUCUAACAUACAUUUUCUAGUUGCAACAUUUGGUUGUCAUCUUGAGCCAGUUGGAUCUUCUGUGUCUGAAGUAGCUAUGCACUUGAAACUUUCUCUUUGAACAGUUCGCUUGACUAUGCCUUUUUUUUUCACGUCAUUUAUUAAGAUAUGAUAACCUGAAUGUCACCACCUAGAUUAUCAUAUCUUAACAGUUUGAAUGAAAUAAGGUUGAGAAAUAAGUGGAUUGCAAUCUUGUCAGAUAUGUAAAAUAAGGAAAUAAGCACUGCAAAUCAAGGAGAAAGAUGUGUUUACAACCUCAACCAAUAGCGGAGUAUUGUACCUUUUGGCAAGCUUAAAUAUUAUCGGGUGCCAAAAUUGUAUUGCGCACCAUUAUUUAAAACAUAGAAAUUUACAUAUGAACGAACCUUAAUGCAGUAAAAGAGAGGGAGAGAGCGAAUAAGGCAAACUAAACCCAUGUGGUUCAGACAAGUUGGUUUCAUUUUCUUUGUUUUUAUUGUCAAUAUUCCCCCUACAUGUCGGAUACCCAGAGCUGUACAUAUCGCAGUUUUACUUAGAUUUCUCAAAAUGUGUCAAACAGCUUCCUCAUCUCCAACUAUCUGGGCUUCUUACACAAACUUUAGCAUUAUCCACAGAUGUAAAGUUGUUUACAGAGGUCAGGGCUUAAUUAAAAUACCAUUUAUUUUCAGUAUUUUAAACUUUGGCACAUCAAGCAUUUUGUUUGCUUAAUACUUUUUGUUUUUGGGAGCUGCUUGUACCAAAGAUCUGGACUAGAAUGCACUAAAAGCAUUUUUUUUUUUUUUGUUUUUUUUUUGUUAAGGUUUAUAAGUCUUAUAUCGUAGUAAGUCUGCACACAGGUUCAUACAGAAAUUUAUAAACAUAUCAUAUUUUGGUGAAUGUGAUUGCUUUGUGGGUGCUACACACACCUGGCAAAGCACAUCACUCUUGUGAGUGCAUUUUGUAGGGGUGUGUGUUUAAAACUGAUGAUAUAUAAAUGUUGCCUAGUUGCAUCUUGAUGUUUCCGCAUGCACUUUUAUUCAAGUUUUGUUCUUAAUAAAUAAAAAGUUAUCAUUGUUCAAUUUUUUAGAAGUACUACAACCAUUAAUUUAUGUGCACUGUCAACAAUUUAUUGUACAUUUGCUUUUGAAUACAGACUUAUCAGUUAUACUUUUGCUGCAUUGAUGAUUUUUCAAAGCAGUGUGACAAUACAUAGUAGCAUAUGCAUUUAGUUAAUGUUAAGAGGAGAAAUUGUGAUGAAAAACUGGUUUUUUUUUUUUGUUCAUUCCUUACGGUUUAGCAAGGGAUAAAAUAGCUGUUUGCCUCCCUUGCUGUCUGUCUGCCCCUCAUCUGUAACCAUAUUUAGAAAUGUAACCUCAGUUUAAAUUCUUAAAGGAAUAUUUCACCCUAAAAUGAAAAUUCUUUCAUCAUUUACUCACCCUUGUGUUGUUCUAAAUCCAUAUGACCUUCUUACAUAUGUGGAUCUCUACAAAAGAUUUUAAAUGCAAUGAAAGUGAAUGGUGACUGAGGCUAACAUUCUGCCUAACAUCUUUUAUGUUCCACGGAAUAAAGGCGUAUGGGUUUGGAACAACAACACGAGAGUGAGUAAAUGAUGACAGAACUUUCCCUUUAAGCAAAAAUAUUAGACACCAGCAGUUGUCUCCACCACCUUUUGCUCUUUCUUGUAAUUUCCUAAAUUGCUAAAACUUAAUUCUACUGGAGACGAUGUUAAAAAGCAGCUGUUUCCUUUCCAUCACUCAAACGCAUGAUUUCUGUAGCAGUUACCUGUAUUUAUUCUGGACGUGUCUUUGUAAUCUAAAAUGCUGCUUAUAAAUGCUUGCUUUUUUUUUCUCUCCAUACAAACCUUGUCACUGGUAUCACAUUAUUUUUUAUCACAUUUUCUUAUAACCAAACAGAAGGUAGUUUUAUGCUGGUCUGUGCAAAUGGGCUCAUUUUUAGGCUUUACUGGGUAUCCGACAUCACAGUUCUAAAGGUUUUGCCCUGCUUUAUAAAAAAGACACCAUUUAGGUAGAUUAUUUGUCUUCAAAAUAAGGGGAAAAUACUCUCUCUUCAUCAGUCAAUGCAAUUGUGAUGGCUAUUAAAAAUAUGCCACGUUUGCUAGCAUUGCCUUAUCACCAUUUAUAAAAUUUUCUGAUUGUUUGUAGGUUUUGUAUUAAAUAUAAAACUGCUGAACUAGUAAUUAUCCAUUCAUGAAUUUAGCCUAUGAUUCCUUACAUAAAUGCUGUUUCUUUGAUGUUUUGCAUUGUCUUAUUUUAUCUUUUUUUUUUUGGCAUAAAAAAUAUAGGGCAAAACCAUAAAAGGGCAAAGCUUUCAGAACUCAAUAUCAAUCUUAUUGCAGCAUUUUAUCAUGGCACAUGCCACGCUGUGGUUUAAUGUAGCGGAUACACUGCUUAUCUUGAGCCUCAGUAACAUGACAGUUACGGAUGGUGUGUGUCUGUGUGGGCACUACAGUUCAGGGAACCUUUUUGAUUAUAUAUAUACAUAUAUAUAUAUA